GGGCGCGCCCGCCCCGAGGCCCCGGGCGCCGCCGCGAUGGGACCUCGGCCUCCUCUGCCGCCGCUGUCCCCCUUCGAUCCCCUCGUGCAGGGUCCUCCGGCUCGCGGGCUGGGUCUCUAGGCCCCUAGGAGAUGCGCGGGCCGCGGUGGCCUGUUUGGAGAGAGCGGGUUACUCAUCCCCCGGGGAGGGGUGGGUGUGGCCGCGGCGGGAGGGAUUUGGGGCGGACGUCGGGCACUUCCCGCCCGGCCACCUGUUUUCUGCAUGCAGGCGCAGCCUCCCCUCCUUCUCGUCCCCCUCGGCCCCCUCCCCACGCCUUCCCUGGGGGCUGGAGCGUCAGCCAUGUCAUCCGAGCCGCCUCCACCAGCACAGCCCCCCACCCACCAGGCUUCGGUCGGGCUGCUGGACACCCAACAGGCCCGAGAUCGCUCCCCGUCCCCUCUUCGGGGCCAUGUGGUCCCCAGUCCGCUGCCCACUCGCCGGACGAGGACCUUCUCCGCGACGGUGCGGGCUUCGCAGGGCCCUGUCUACAAAGGAGUCUGUAAAUGCUUCUGUCGAUCCAAGGGCCACGGCUUCAUCACCCCGGCCGACGGCGGCCCGGACAUCUUCCUGCACAUCUCAGACGUGGAAGGCGAGUACGUGCCGGUGGAAGGCGACGAGGUCACCUAUAAGAUGUGCUCCAUCCCGCCCAAGAACGAGAAGCUGCAGGCCGUGGAGGUGGUCAUCACCCACCUGGCGCCGGGCACCAAGCACGAGACCUGGUCGGGCCACGUCGUCAGCUCCUAGGAGGGGCCGGAGCACCCCUCCUCCCGGCUUGCUGGAGACUCUGGGGGGAGGAGGCGGCAGGACCAACCUGGAGAGGACUUUCCACUGCUUGAGAUGGGGCUUCAAAGGGGGGAGCACGGGCCCUUUCAAGUCUCUCCUGCAAGAAGGGGUGUGGGGCAGGCACGCGGGUGCUCUCGGCCACCAGCACGGCUCUGACCAUCACGACUUCUCACCAUCUGAAAAGCAUUAAAAGCAUUGCAAAAGGAGAGGUGCCGGCUGGUGGCUGAGUGGAGGGUCCAAGUCCAGCCCAGGGGAUGGGUCAGGGGGUGUUCCUUUGUUCCCUGGAGGCUCAAAGUCCAAGAUCCGGCCCACUGGGGGGUGACAUGGGCCCCGAGCGUUUCCUUGCGAUUAAUUCCCACCGAGCGCCCGCCCUUGAGUCUGCCCUGGGCCCUGGGUAGGGCAGUUUGUUCUGAUCUUCGGCUUGGUGGGCUCUAGGGGAGCGCGUUUCAGGGGGUCAGGGGUGGGGACACGGGGGUGUUUGGUGCCUUUGCCGUGGGAGGUUUCACAGCUGCGUGUCAGGGGAGCCCCGAGCCCUCCGCCUGGCAGUGCUGUGCUUAGAGCUGAAUUCUCUCUUUCAGAGCCUGGUCUUUUCUGUCCGUCUGCAAGCUGAGUGCCCAUUGCCUUCAUCUAGGCGAGGGGUGGGGGUGGGGAGGCAGUGGGAGAAGGGAGCGUGGAGAGGGGAGGGUCUCUGCGUAAAAACAGACCUUUCUCCCGCUCCAUCCGGAAAAGAGUGGGUAGCUUGUUUCCAGAGAACCUGGCCAAGUCAGAAGUGGAAGGAGAAAUACACCUUUGGUGAAGGGGUCCCUUUAAAACUGGUGUGAAGAAAUGCUCAGGAUUUCUUUCUUUUCUUAAAAAAAAAUAACUAAAGCUCUCACCCAGAGCCAGCCCUGUUUGUACUUUGGGCGACAUUGCAAACUUUUCUAGAUACUUCCAGUAAACCAAUCCUUAGGAUUUUCUUUGCUGUGGUUUGGUUUGGCUUUAGUUGUGACUUAAAAAUAGAAAUAGCUGGGUAAUAUAUUUGGAAAUAUGUGGCCUGUUUGUAGCCGAGGAUCCAUUUGUCAACACAGGAAAGUGAACUCUUCAAAGCGGGCUUUUGGGCAGAUGAGGAUGUUCCAGACGAAGAGGGCGAUGAUGGCGCGGGAGGCAGUAGCGGCCUCAUUGGGUCUUCCUUCUGUGGACGGGUUUGUCUCAUCCCAGGACCUGCUUCAUUUGAAAGGCGGUGGAAGGCUAGACCUAUUUUACUGAUGCUGGUGGAGCUGUUUUCAAACAGGCAAAAAAGUGUUUUGAGGAUGUGUGUACAGUGAAACGCGGUUAAGUGGAUCCGCCUGUCCCGGCCUCUCAGGCCUCUUGAAGGGUCCCCUGCUUCCCACCUCCGCCAUCUGCUGGUCCAGGGUGGCUUUUUCCCCUCCAGCCUCGGAUGUUGCCGAGGGGGCCCCUGGAGGCCUCUGUCUGUCGGGUGCAGACCACACUUCCCAAGCUGCUUCUGCCAAGACCCGUGUGGGCUCCCGGAAGUCGAGACCCUGCAUCUUCACUCCUGCCCCCCUCCAGGUGUCUCCCAGGCCUUGUCCUCACCUUCGGACACAGUCUCGGCUUUGUGUGACCCCCUAGGCCCUGCCCAACAGUGCCCUGGCAGUCGGAUCCGCUGUCAGAGGUGACCUUUGGAGUCUCGCUGGGUAGAACCCAGCGGCUUGCUCUGUCGGUGGGACCACGUCUUCUCCAGUCGAUGGGUAUUCUAGAACUGCAGGAUGUCAGAGCUGGAAGGGACACCCCCUCCUCACUCAAGCAGAGUCUCCAUUUAUAGAAACUUCUCGAGGCUCUGGGAGGAUGGAUGGUGUUGGGGGCAGAGCUGGGAACAGAAUCCAGGAUUCCUAACUCCACAUCUUUCCUCCCGCCGGCCACCGUUCUCUCAAUAAAGUUUGUUUUGUGCAA